GCGCCGUCCUCCCGAGCGCCAGCCGCAGCCUCGCCUCCGACUCGGCCUCCGGGGCCGCGUCGGACCGCGGCGUGCCGGGUCAGGUGGACUUCUACGCGCGGUUCUCGCCGUCGCCGCUCUCUAUGAAGCAGUUUCUGGACUUCGGAUCAGUGAAUGCUUGUGAAAAGACCUCAUUUAUGUUUCUUCGACAAGAGUUACCUGUUAGAUUGGCAAAUAUAAUGAAAGAAAUAAGUCUUCUUCCCGAUAAUCUUCUCAGGACGCCAUCCGUUCAGCUGGUACAAAGCUGGACAGUUGUAGAUAAAGGGCUUACAGACAAGCCAGGCAAGAGUUAUACUGUUGAAGAAGGUUUGUUUAGCUUUACAGAUAUUGUAAUACGAAUCCGAAACCGACACAAUGACGUCAUUCCCACAAUGGCCCAAGGUGUGAUUGAAUACAAGGAGAGCUUCGGGGUGGAUCCUGUCACCAGCCAGAACGUUCAGUACUUUUUGGAUCGAUUCUACAUGAGUCGCAUUUCAAUUAGAAUGUUACUCAAUCAGCACUCUUUAUUGUUUGGGGGAAAAGGAAGUCCAUCUCAUCGAAAACACAUUGGCAGCAUAAAUCCAAACUGUGAUGUAGUUGAAGUUAUUAAAGAUGGCUAUGAAAAUGCUAGGCGUCUAUGUGAUUUGUAUUAUAUUAACUCUCCUGAACUAGAACUUGAAGAACUCAAUGCAAAAUCACCAGGACAGCCAAUACAAGUGGUUUAUGUACCAUCCCAUCUCUAUCACAUGGUGUUUGAACUUUUCAAGAAUGCAAUGAGAGCAACUAUGGAACACCAUGCUGACAAAGGUGUUUACCCCCCUAUUCAAGUUCAUGUCACACUGGGUAGCGAAGAUUUGACUGUGAAGAUGAGUGACCGAGGAGGUGGUGUCCCUUUGAGGAAGAUUGACAGACUCUUCAACUACAUGUAUUCGACUGCACCCCGGCCACGAGUGGAGACUUCUCGAGCAGCACCCCUGGCUGGUUUUGGUUAUGGAUUGCCCAUAUCACGUCUGUAUGCACAGUACUUCCAAGGGGACCUGAAACUGUAUUCCUUGGAGGGCUAUGGCACAGAUGCUGUUAUCUACAUUAAGGCUCUGUCAACAGAAUCAAUCGAAAGACUCCCAGUGUAUAACAAAGCUGCCUGGAAGCAUUACAAUACCAACCACGAGGCUGAUGACUGGUGUGUCCCCAGCAGAGAGCCAAAGGACAUGACAACGUUCCGCAGCACCUGAUGCACUUGGGACACCUGCAAAGUCCAAGUGUGGAUUUGAUGUUAAAUUUGGAAGAGAUAUUGUUCAGAACUGUAUUAUACCAAAUGCUUUGUGUGUCAUUUUCACAAAUAACUCUUUUGGGUAGAAUAAAUGGAAACUGAAUUCUAUUUGUGCCUGUUAAACCUCCUAAAGAAUAAGGGUACACCUAUUUUACAUGUAUAUUUGCAAAAUUAAUUGAACAUAUUUUUUAAACAACUGUAAUUUGGUCAACUUUAUUCUUUAUGGUCGACUUCAGAACCUUGGAAGCCUUUGGAUUUAUAUAAGAAGUGGGUACUUUUAAAUGUAUAUAUGUUUCACUUAUGUCUUCUAGAAGCAUUUUCUAAAUAAUACUUAUUAGCUGGUUAGCUGUCUUUCUGUUAUUUGGAGUUCUGCCAUCUUUUAUAUAGUGCUGAUCAAAUGCUUUUCAUGUUUAUCAGUGACCAACUACAAGUAAAGUGUAACGCCGGUGUAGGUGUAGAAACCAGCCUUUCAAUAUUUACAUCUGUCGUCUUAGGUCUGAACUCAGUUGAUCAUUUUAUAAUUUGAUUGAAAAAGAUGUUAAUGGACGAGCUUCCUGUGGAGCUAAGGCAAGAUCAUGGCAGUCUGAUCCAAGGGCAGGUGUGAUUAAUGCAAGGAAAACGAGCGUAGGAGGCACAAAAAUUACAGAGGAUAAAUUUAGGGCAAAGCAUCAAGUCCCCAAAACUGAAUUAAUUGCUGAGAUUAUGUGUGGGAGCUUUUAAAAACAAUAGGGUUUUUCUGGGUCCUGCUUCAGAUAUAAUCAGAACCCCUAGCACUGGAGCCCAGGGAUCUCAGUUUUUAAAACAUUUCCAAAUAUGUGUGUGAUUUUUGCUUGAUUAGAACUUCUCUUUUAAAGUGAAUAGCUCUGAA